AUGGGUGUCAAGCAGCUGGAACGACUACAGAGAGAAUCCACGAAACCUUGCUUUGACAACGGGACUGUAACCGAUCAUGGUUCUGAAGCAGCAACACUCAAGCUGCUCCUCCGUUCUUUGCACACAGCUCUGAUGAAAGCUGCAACUAAUCCACGGCUUCUUGGAGACGAUACCGCCCCUACCUUGUUGGUCCCAUAUUUAGUUGGGCAGCUUGCUGCUAUCGAUCCGCCACGGGAGACCUGCCCAAUAUGUGUACGAGAUGAUGGACCAUCCAACCACGCUAUGCUAGAGUUGGUCCGUCAGAGCCGCAUUAUUGGUGGCGAACUACUGGCUUUUCACAGUCAGCUACUUUGCCACUACGAUGACCAGGAUAUACAAGAUCAUACGACCGUCACAGAACGAGUGGGAGAAGAAUUUAAACGGAACCUUGACGUUCUCCGUGAGGUGCUAGAGAAAGUGGAGCCUCUAUUCAACAAACUUGGUACCGAGGGCAGCCUGGGAGCUGCGAAGCUCAACCAGCAAUUGGGGUGUACUAUAGCGAGUGGGAAGUUUCUCAUUAUCGAUGGAGAGUUGUUCCGAUUGACUACCUCGGACAGGGUUCGCUUCACUAUUGGCUAA